AUGGAGCUGAGGUACGAGUACACACGGCAGCGCAGGGAUUUCGGCCGCCCCUGUGCCUUCUCGGACCGUGGGGCUGAGGUGACAGUGGACAUCCCCCCAGACCCUGCCCUGGCUGCAGCCUUCAUGCUGCAGGAUCCUGUGGACAGCGCCGUGCAGCACUGCUGUGUCAUGGCAGCACACGAGGUGAACACAGAGCGUGUGGAGGUGAAGUCCCAGGGGAUGAACCACGUGGAGGGUGGUUGGCCCAAGCAAAUUGACCCAUUUAACACAGAACAGACCACCCGUCUCAGGGAGGAGGCAGAGAGAGAUGAGAGCUACAUCAGAGCCACCCUGCGCCUCGGCAGCCUGGUGGAGCACUGCGUGAGGCAGAACAAUGCCAUUGACAUCUACGAGGAGUACUUUGAGGAGGAGGAGGAGGAUGAAGAGGAAGAUGAACCUCCCUCUGCCCAAACCAUCAAUGUCCUCAGGGACCCAAACAUGGUCAAGAGGUCAGCCACACACCUCUCCUGGCACCCCAACACUGGCAAGUCCCUGGCUGUGGCUUAUUCCAGCCUGAACUUUCAGGACAACAGGAAAGAGAUGAGCUUGGAUUCCUACAUCUGGGACCUGGAAAACCCCUACAAGCCAGACCUCAUCCUCAAGCCAUCAUCCCCUCUGGUGACCCUGGAAUACAAUCCCAAGGAAUGGAAUCUCCUGCUGGGAGGCUGCUACAAUGGGCAGAUGGCAUACUGGGACACCAGGAAAGGGGCACUUCCUGUGGAGGUGUCCCCUGUGGAGCUCAGCCACAGGGACCCUGUGUAUGGAGCACUCUGGCUACCCUCCAGAACGGGCACAGAGUGUUUCUCAGCCUCCACCGACGGGCAGGUGCUGUGGUGGGACAUCCGCAAGCUGUCAGAGCCCACUGAGACACUGGUCUUGGACAUCACCCAGGAAGGGCAGCUGAGCAACGCUCUGGGUGCCAUGUCCCUGGACCUUGCACCUACCACACCAGCCAAGUUCCUGGUGGGCACAGAGCAGGGCAGUAUCAUCGCCUGCAACCGCGAUGCCAAGGCACGCUCUGAAAGAAUCACCUGCACCUACAGAGGCCAUGUCAGGGCUGUGUAUGCUGUGGCCAGGAACCCUCUCCUGCCCAAAGUUUUCCUGUCUGUUGGUGACUGGACUGCUCGGAUCUGGUCAGAGGAGAUCUUGGAUUCGUCGAUUAUGGUGACCAAGUGCCACAUUCCCUACCUGAUGGAUGGGUGCUGGAGCCCCGUGAAGCCAGCAAUGUUCUUCACCGCCAGGUCAGAUGGGACCCUGGACAUCUGGGACUUCCUCUUCCACCAGAAGAGCCCUUCCCUCAGCAUCAAGGUGUGCAACGAGCCCCUUCUCAGCCUGCGCCCGCAUGACAACGGGUAUGUCAUCGGCUGUGGCUCCAAGCUGGGCACUGUCACCCUCCUGGAGAUCUCCUCAGGGCUCUGCACUCUCCGGAAGAACGAGAAGUCCAUGGCAUCCAUGAUGUUCGAGCGGGAGGCGAGGAGAGAGAAGAUCGUGCAGGACAAGCAGCGGGAGCUGCAGCUGCGGGAGCGAGCUGCGAGGGAGAGCCGGCGGCAGGAGCAGGAGGAGGAAAAGGAUUCCCAAGAGGCGAGCGAGCGAGCGCGCUCGGAGUUUUUCAGCACCAUCGAGGCGGAGCGGCAGAGGAGGAGCCAGGCACAGCUCCCACAUGGAGAG